UGUGUGUGUGUGUCUGUCUGUCUGUCUGUCUGUCUGUCUGUCUGUCCGGCUUUCUCUUCCACUCCCAGCCCACCCCUGCUGUGUCUGCAUAGGAUCCAGGCCUGCAGCUCCGCCACUCAGCCAACGAUUGCUGGGAGGAGCUCGGAGGAGAAUCUGGGGGCCAGCCGCAGUCUUGCCCUCUCGAAGCGCUUUACACUAAUAGCUCUGGGUACCGCUGGUAAGCGUAGUGGUAGUCGCCGCAGUCACAGUUCGACUUAGGGUGGAACACCUCCUAUACCCUGUUGCCCCGGGGAACAGAAAAGGGAACACGAGAGCCAGGCUGCGCAUUUGGCUCCGGGAUUUUUUCCGUUCCACACCACAUCACCCGCCCUCCCCCUACUGCUCACCCGGGGCCCUAGAAACUACAACUCCCACAAAGGUAUGCGGCUCAGAUCUGAGUAUUGCGGCUGGGACGGAGGUAGGGCAAUUACGCCCCUUCCCAUUGGCUCAGAGUCCUGGAGUAGUCUAUUGGCUACUGGCGCAGGGCAAGAAAGGAAUCACGGGCUCGGAUUGGCGAAGUCUGAAGGCUGGGAGUAAUCCCGGAAAUAGUGGAGAGGCUGGAGGGGAGACCCACGUGGAGCGUCCGGGAAACCCACUGCUGUCCAGGAGCUGAUCCCAGGCUCGGACCCGAGGCCUGGCGAUCCCUACUGCAAGGGGUAACAUGGAAGACGCUUUCAGCAGCCCAGCAGGGGCCGCCCUGCAGCGGGAGGUUGGGGUUCCGGAGCCACUGACGCCCCUCACGGAGCUGGGCCGCACUUACGAGCUGGAGCGGGUGCAGGCCUUCGUGCUGGAACACGAAGCCAGGCGGGUGGCCUUGCAGUUCCCCGAUGAACUCCUUGGAGACAGUGUGGCUGUAGCUCGGGCCCUGGAGGAGAUGACAGGAGCCAAGAUGUUUGUUCUGGGGGACACAGCCUAUGGCAGCUGCUGUGUGGAUGUACUGAGAGCUGAGCAGGCUGAAGCCGAUGCCCUGGUCCACUUUGGCCCUGCCUGCUUGAGCCCGCUUUCUUGCCUCCUGCCUGUCAUCUACGUCCUUGGACAGCGUCCGGUGGCCCUGGAGCUGUGUGCGGAGGCCUUCAGAGCCCUGCACCCCAACCCUGCAGAGCCUGUGGUGCUGCUGAGUGAGCCAGCCUGUGCCCAUGCUCUGGAAGCCUUGGCUGCUCUUCUUCGCCCACGGUAUAAGGACAUCCUGGUCUCCCAGCCAGCUCUGCCUUCUGCUGCCCCAGGCUGGGAACACCCACCGUUGGAGCGUUUUGGCCGCUUUUUCCCACUGGGCCCUGGGCGCCAGCUGGAGGACUAUGGUGCCUUUUAUGUGGGGGGCUCUGAGAAUGGGGACAACAGUGGAGCUGAGGUGAGCCCAGACCUGCUCCAGCUGCUCCUGGGCUGGGCCCCCAGCCGCCCCUUCUCAUCUUGCCUGCCAAGCUCUGGAGAGGCCCGAGCAGAGGGCCCCCGGGCAGUCCGAGCCAGAGCUCGGAGCCACUAUCUGGUGGAAUGCGCACGGGAUGCCCGUGUGGUUGGACUGCUGGCGGGUGCUCCAGGUGGGGCAGGGCACCGUGAGGCUCUGGCCCACCUUCGGAAACUGGUGCAGGCCUCUGGCAAGCGGGCCUAUGUCCUGUCACUGGGCCGGCCCAGCCCAGCCAAGCUGGCCAACUUCCCAGAGGUAGAUGUCUUUGUGCUGCUGGCCUGUCCCUUGAGGGCGCUUGACCGACCCCGCAGUGGUGCCAGCAGAGGUCUCUUCCGGCCACUGCUCACCCCCUAUGAGCUGGAAGCCGCCUGCAACCCAGCUCGGGGGCCAGUGGGGCUGGGCCCCUACCUGACUCACUAUUCUGACCUGCUGCCAGGCUCCCCCUUCCACGUGCCAAUCCCACCCCCAGACUCGGAGCUGUGGGGUACUCCCGAUGUGUCACUUAUCACUGGAGAGCUUCGCCUACAGCAGGCCUCAGCACAUGUGCCCAGUGUCCCAGAGGCCUCGGUCCUGAGCCAGCGAUCCCGGCUUGAGCUUGCUGAGAGAAGUCCAGCAGCUUUGUUCCUUGGUUCCCGUACUUGGCAGGGGUUGGAACCUCAGCUAGGCCAGACAGCACCAAUGCGGGCGGUAGCAGGGAGACGAGGCGUCCCCAUUGCCUACGAGGAUGAGCCUGGCAGCUGAGGAACCCUCAGUGGCAGAUGAGACUCCAAGAAAAGACCUUGGCACUCCCAGCGGCCAGUCUGGCUGGAGUAGGCAGGCUCAGGCUGGGCUGUCCUCCCUGGCUUUCAGAUACCUCUGCCCUCUGCCCUCUGCGCCUUUACUGAUGACUGAACACAAGGGGGAGGGGAAGGAACAAGCAUUUAAACAGCACCUACUAUGUGUGAGGCAGUGGGCUGGACUCCUUUACAAAUAGCUCACGUGGUCCUCCUAAUCACCCUGGGAGGUUAUCCCGGUUUUGCAGGUGAGGAAACUGAGGCAGGCAGAGGUGAAGUGGCUUGCCCAGGGUCACACAACUCGUAAGUGUCUGAAGCCAGAUAUGGACUCUGGCCUUCCUGACUCCAGACUCGGUGCUCUAUCUACUGUGCACACCUAGCUAAUAGGGGGUCUAAGAUCAAGGUGACCCCCAAAACCAAACACUGUCCCUUUAGCUGCUGCUGUCUCUGUAUUCUGUCCUCCUGGUGUCUCAGGGGCUCUGUCAGCACACAAAUGGCAUUGAUUAGGCACCUGCUGUAUACAGUAUGUCAGGCUCUGCGCUGAAUGUGUAAAGCAUACUAACACCAGGGUCCCUCCUCCUCUGCCCUCAAUGGGCUUGCCAUCUGAUGGGGGAAAUUGACGACAUGGACCAGACUUUCUGAGCUGCAGGGGAUUUCGAGGCAUCCAGGCCACCCUGCACCUUAACACCAGGUGUGGAAGAGGGACAUUCCUGCCUCAGUCCCUGAAGCUGCCCAUGUCUUUGAGGGAACCACUUUAUUGGGGAGGGGGAUUCUUGUGCAGGGACAAAAUCAGCCUCUGUGUGGAGUUGGGGGGAAGGAAGUUCCAGUUGAAUGUAUUAGAUAUUUAAAAAGAAAAGCAACCUGGUCAACUAGGCAAGAGACCCAUGCUCAGGUAUAAUCUUUUUCGUGUUCUACCACGUUCUUGGAAAUGCCCAUUGUAUUCAUCAGGUUCAUAAUAAAUGGGUUUUUUUUAA